UAACAAUGGUGACUUCUGUCUUUCGAAAGUGUGUCUCCUGGCCUGGUGCAUGAUUUAUUCAAUACGUUUUUCUUAUUGGUGUUUUCUGUAUUAUGCUCCCCAGAGCAGCAUUUCUUAUCCUGAUGGACAGCUUGUAAACUCUACACAGAUGCCCGUGUUCGCUCCCAUUACAAUAUGCAGCCUCUUUGUCUGCUGUAGCCCAGAUUUAAGCACCAUGGAGAACUCCCAGCGCUCCCAAAACAUCAGGAAUACGCAAAGAAUCCGGGCGAAAGCAGAAACGCGCGUGGCGCAGACAGCAAGUGCCAGUCUGGUGCAUUCCAAGGGACAGAGUGAAAAAUGCACGUCUGACAAGGAGGACCGCUAGUUUUUUUUUUUUUUUUUCGACGGUUCUCCGCUCCCAGUCUACUACAAUAAAAAUAGAAAUUCCUGAAGCCGUUCACCGAGAAUUCCUGGCAUGGCUGAGAUUUUCACUUGAAGCACUGCAGCCUUCCGUGUCAAUCACACAGCCCGGGUUUGCAAAAAAAAAAGGUAGCGCUUUGGUCAUAUCUUUCGUACAGUCAUUUUGCACGUUGUCUUUAUAUAUCUGUGUGUAUAUAUAUUGGGUUGUAUUAGCGGGUACGUAGGACAAAUGGGUCGUAUAUACAAAUAUAAAAAUAAACUCGCUGACGCCGACGAGAUAAAAAUAUAGGGAGAGAAAAAAAUACAAUUCCCACCAUGCAACGCAGCUUCUGACGGUACACGGGCAAAAUCUUGGGUCUUUAAAUAUACCAGCGCUAAAAACCAAACGCUGCUCCAUCUUUUAUCAGAAAUCUAUUUUUUUUUCAAUAUUCUUCCUGAUCCAAUUGGCUUCUGCUUGCGCCAGUCACUCCUAAUUGAAUUUCAAGCCUGCCCGGAGCAGGGGCUGAGGAGCAUGUGCGUGUAUUCCAGAUAUGGUAACACUAACAAGGAGAGACAGAAUCCGUGAGAGAGCGUAGGGACAGGGCACUAUCAUACCUGCUGACAAACCAUAUCCAUUGAACGAGAAAGAAAGGGUAACUAUCUCUAAACUAAUGAACUAACUAAACAUAAUAAUAAUAAUAAUAAUAAUAAUAAUAAUAAUAAUAAUAAUAAUAAUAAUAAUAAUAAUAAUAAUAAACAGACAUAUAUACAUUUAAAACCAAAAUGCCUGCUCACCAAAGCAGAUCAAGAACUAGAGACAGAAACAAUGUUCUAAACAGACCCGAGUUUAUCUCUCUGAAUCAGCCUCUGGCUCGUAGCAGCGCCGAACUUCGAAGUUCCAGCCGGAGGCACAGCGCUCAGGCGGGCCAGUUCAAACAGCCGCAAAGCCAGCAGGAGCCGCAACAGCAGCCACAGCCACAACAGAAUGGAAAUACCCGGGACAGGAAGGACUCGGCGCAGCAGCAGCCCGAGGAGGACUGCAUGCAGCUCAACCCGUCUUUCAAGGGGAUCGCUUACAACUCCCUGCUCGCCAUCGAUAUAUGCAUGUCGAAGCGGAUGGGGGUCUGCGCCUUCAAGACGUCCUCCUGGGGUAGUGUCCGCUCAAUGGUCACGCUCCUGGCGAUGACCGGCCACGGUGUUGUGUGGAUUGGUGUCACUCUCAUCUGCCUGACCAGGAGCAGCACACUAGCAGGACAGGAAGUGCUGGUGAACCUGCUGUUGGCCCUGAUCCUGGACAUCAUGACGGUGGCCGGGGUGCAGAAGCUGAUGAAGAGGAAGGGUCCCCUGGAGGUGAGCCCGGGCUUCCUGGACUACAUCUCCAUGGACAUGUACGCCUUCCCCGCGGCCCACGCCAGCCGCGCCACCAUGGUGUCCAAGUUCCUGCUCAACCACCUGGUCCUGGCCGUGCCCCUGCGCAUCCUGCUGGUGCUCUGGGCCUUCCUGAUGGGCAUCUCGCGGAUCUUGCAGGGCCGGCACCACAUCACUGACGUCAUGUGCGGCUUCGCCCUGGGCUUCCUGCACUACAAGCUGGUGGAGAUGGUGUGGCUGUCCUCCAGCGCUUGCCAGACUCUCAUCUCCAUUUGGACAUUCAGCUGGUCCCCCUUUUUCAAUUGAGAAGACUCCCCCCCCCCCCUCCCCCCCCAUCGUAUGCACAGGUGUAGUCAAGUGCAAUCAAGUUUCAAAACGAAAAGAAAAACCUUCCUCUUGGAGAACCUGAACAACAUUGUCUAUGCUCUUCUCUUCUGCACAUUGCAUUAAUUUUUUUAUUUUUGGGUUGGAAUGCACUUGACUUCAAAUUGUAUUAUUAUUAUUAUUAUUAUUUGUUUUAACUAGUAGCAAGUCUGGCCUAGCCUGGUAGUGCUGUAUUAGAGUUUGUUGUUGAGUAAUUAAGAUUUUCUACCGUGUGCAUGGCAAUAAACAAGCGAUUGACUUUUUUUUUCUUUGCUGUUGCUGUUCAGUAUUUAAUGCUACACCCGCGCACCAGCACCGGAUUCUGCAACAGAAGAAGCGUCUUCCAAAAUAACUCACAAGAAAUAUUUAUAUGUGUGUUUUCUUUGGGUCAGGUACUUGACUGUCUUACCAUAUCACAUCCCAAACAGAUUUGGAUGCUGCUAUAUAAUGAGUGAUAGACAGCAGUGAAGAUCUGGGGUUUUAAAUUCACUUGCAAACCGCUGCAGCCUAGCGAAUGUGAUCCGCUCGUUAAUGGGGCUCCUUUACUUAAUGGUCAUCCACAAUUAGACGAUCGCCAAGCAAGGCAGUGCAGGCCUGUCUAUAAUUGUAUUUGAACAAAGGUUUAGAUGUGAUAUAUCUAGGUACUUUUAUAUAGUUUUUUUCAAUUCCUUUGUAGAAAAGCCUAUAGUAUUCUAAUGUGUUGUUGGAAACAGCCCGUGAAUACUACAUUGCUUCUUGCGAUAUCUGACUUACUCAUGAAAAAAUAGUGAAAUACUGAAGAUUGGAUUAGUGGAGAGUCCUUUGUACAGUAAAAUAUAGCACUGGUACAGUCAAUUUAGGCUAACCAUGAAUUCACCACAUCGGUGAAUCAUCGAAUUGCCAGACAUCGAGGGAGUGCUGCAUAAAACACUACUGUAGAUAGUCUGUUUUGUCACGACACUAGUAUUGUUUUACUGGAACUUUUGUACUUUAGAGUCGGUCUUUAUUUCAGUGACAGUAUGUUUCAGUAUAUAACAGUUGAUUCUGUGUAUAAAACUGCAGGGUACAAACCUUAAAUAUAAGGUGUAGUUAGCCCCCAGUGCAUUCUGAAGACACUUGGUCAAGUACACAAGCGCUUUGGCUAAUGCCUUAGUGGAAAUGCUUGUUUCACAUCCCAUAAACACAGUAGUUUAAGAACUUUUUUCUUAAAAUACUGUCAAUUUUGAAAGAGGAGUAAACUCAUUUCAUUUGAAAUUCCUUCCCGUAGAAAACCCUCAAAGGAAUCGCAGCCUUAUUACGUACAGCCGGGUGUACGUUAUUCCUUACAGUACGAUUUUCAAAUGUUUACAGAAGCUUGAUGAAGUAUUUCCACAGUUUUCAGUGGAGGGGUGCUUUAAAACUUUUACAAGGCAGGGAAUUUCUGCAUGCUAAUCAAGCAAUGGCAUGCAAUGGGACACGCCAUCUCUCCGGGGACAAGGUUAAAGGACAGGGGGCAAUAAAUCAUAAAAUAAAAUAAGAAAGAAAAAAAAAACCUUCCUUUUAUCUGAUGCCUCAGUGUAGACGCCCCUUGUGUUUUCUCAGCAUGUCGGCUGUCACUCCUUUAGUUAACCAUGCUGUCUCUCCUUGACUCCUGUUCAGACUGUAAAGACUCCUGAUCUGUUACAGAGCAUUAUACAGCGAUCUUGCACACUGCCCUUGUGAUUCUUCCCCUGUAAGCAGAGUGUAAGAUGGCACAUCUCUGGUUUCACAAGGCAGUAAGGAUGCAUGGCACAGUAAUGGCAGUGAAUGGCGUUUAUAUUUGGGUGCUCUCUGCAUUAGAGUGUCCUCUUCCUCUCAGUUAGGAUUGUGUUCAGAGUGAUUUUAUUAGUAUAAUGAGAAUCGCUUAAGGGUGGGAAGGUACUCGGCAGCUGUGCCAAAAAAAUGUGACAAAAUUAUCCUUCCUUUUAAGGUGUUGUUAUUAUUUUUCUACAUCAAAACUGCCAUCGCCUAUGGCAGCCUUCUGCUGCGUGCUGAAUAGCAAACAAACAGGAUCCGUUUUGAAUCGGAGCUUAAGAUUUAAAAUCGGGAAAGAGUAAGGCUGUUUUUUUUAUUAAUCUGGCUGUUGGGUCAUUACAGCUCAAAGGAAACAGGGGGGGUGGGGGGGUUGCUUAAACCGUCCCGUCAAUGACUUACGUCAAUCGUGUUUUUCCAUGAAAAUCCCUUGAAAU